CCGCGGAGGUAGCGGUUGCGGCAGUCCUGGCUGCCUUGAGGUUCGCUGGGCCCUGGGUCGGCGGCCGCCAUGAACUUCUCUGAGGUGUUCAAGCUUUCCAGCCUGCUCUGCAAGUUCUCCCCGGACGGCAAAUACCUGGCUUCUUGUGUCCAGUAUCGCUUAGUGAUCCGGGAUGUGAACACCCUUCAGAUCCUUCAGCUGUACACAUGCCUGGACCAGAUCCAGCACAUCGAGUGGUCAGCGGACUCCCUGUUCAUCCUGUGUGCCAUGUACAAGCGGGGGCUGGUGCAGGUGUGGUCCUUGGAGCAGCCGGAAUGGCACUGCAGAAUCGACGAGGGCUCGGCCGGGCUGGUGGCCUCGUGCUGGAGCCCCGACGGCCGCCACAUUCUCAACACCACCGAGUUCCACCUGCGGAUAACCGUCUGGUCCUUGUGCACAAAGUCUGUGUCUUACAUCAAAUAUCCUAAAGCCUGUCAGCAGGGGGUUGCCUUCACCCGGGACGGUCGCUACCUGGCGCUGGCCGAGCGGCGGGACUGCAAGGACCACGUGAGCGUCUUCGUCUGCAGCGACUGGCAGCUCCUGCGGCACUUUGAUACGGAGACCCAGGACCUCGCAGGGAUUGAGUGGGCCCCAAAUGGCUGUGUGCUGGCCGUGUGGGACACCUGUCUGGAGUACAAGGUCCUGCUCUACUCAUUGGACGGCCGGCUCUUGUCUGCCUACUGUGCCUACGAGUGGUCCCUGGGCGUCAAGUCUGUGGCCUGGAGCCCCAGCAGCCAGUUCCUGGCGGUCGGAAGCUAUGACGGGAAGGUGCGCAUUCUUAAUCACGUGACUUGGAAAGUGAUCACAGAGUUUGGGCAUCCAGCGACCGUGAAUAAUCCCAAAAUAGUUGUGUAUAAGGAAGCUGAGAAGAAUCCGCGGCUGGCACUGGGCCGCCUUGCCUUCCCCCUGCCCAGAGCAGCGGCCGGCCCAGCCUCCACCACGGAGAGCAAAUACGAGGUCGCCUCGGCGCCAGUGUCCUUGCAGACUGUGAAGCCCGUCGCUGACCGAGCGAACCCGAGAAUCGGCGUGGGCGCGCUCGCCUUCAGCCCGGACAACUACUUCCUGGCCACGAGGAGCGACAGCGUCCCGAACGCCGUCUGGAUCUGGGACAUACAGAAGCUGCGACUCUUCGUGGUGCUCGAGCAGCUGUCCCCGGUGCGCUCCUUCCAGUGGGACCCCCAGCAGCCCCGGCUGGCCAUCUGCACGGGAGGCAGCAAGGUGUACCUGUGGUCGCCGGCGGGCUGCGUGUCGGUGCAGGUGCCGGGGGAAGGUGACUUUCAGGUGCUUUCUCUGUGCUGGCAUUUCAGCGGGGACUCACUGGCUCUGCUCAGUAAGGACCACUUCUGUCUGUGUUUCCUGGAGACCGGGGAGAGAGUUGGCACCGCCUUUGGACGGCCCGGUGACCACACAUAGGGCCUGUGUGUACCCAGGCCCGGGUGAGACCGAGGCGGGAUGCCUGGCACGUGCCGGCUGUGGAGAAGGGACGGGCUUCACUGGGGAGUUGCUCUAGCUGGCCCAGAGGGAAUGAUCUGCUGUUAUUUUUCUAUAGCGUUUUUGUAAAUAUGUAUGGUAUGAAACUAAUUUUUUUUAAAUAAAUAUUUGCUAAUUC